CCUAUGUGCCACUUUGAUAAUUAAAAUCGUCAUAUGAUUAUAAGAAUACAUUUACACUUCGUGGUCAAAGAAUCACACUCUAUAAUUAGAUAGUUAUACUUUAUAAUUAAUUAGAAAGUGACACUCUCAUUGUCAAUCUAUAGAUUAUUAUUUUUGGUCAAUCUAUAAUUUAUAGAUAUGAUUUUGUGUUAAUUUUAUAGGUUUUGCGUUAACAGUUACUACCUCCAUUUCAUAAUUAUUUUUACUAUUUGCACAAGUAUUAAGCAUAACAUUGUGUUCCAUAAUGAUCUUUACUAUUUGCCCAAAUAUUAAGCUAAGGAAUUUUCUCGAAAUUAAUUACUUGCAGGAAGAAAAAGGAAUUGGUUUCAAGUUAGAAAGGCAUGCCUUGAAUAUGCUAAUUGUUGGACCAGUUUUAUGGCUGAUUGGCUCGGUACACAAUUCUUGUCAAAUCUACGAAAGAGCCGAUGGUCAUAUUCAAAUAUUGCAAGAGAGUGUCACCAUUCCCUUUUUAUUAGGAAGCUUGUUGUUUGUGGUGGGUGCAAUUAUCAACACCCGUGAUCAAUCAAGUUGGAUUUACCAUGGGCUCUUGCUUCUUGGGAACACAUGGGUAUGGUUGGGAGUAUUCGGGAGCUUAUUAUUGUUCAUAGGAGGAUUAAUGAAUGUGGUGAAGGUGUUUAAGAUGCAACAAAUGAACGGACUACGUUUAGAGAAACUACGAGGAGGUGCUCAAGAAGGGUUGGUUCGAGUAAGAGAAGGUCGUGUUCCUCUAAUAACCGACGAAAGUCUUUCCACUCGUAGAUUUCAAGGGGCCGAGCCAAAGAAACCUAUCGCGGCUACCCCUUACAAAGAUGUUCUUGUUAGUAACACUUGAAGAGUUGAAGGAUUUAUAUAGGGGAGCUAGCAAUGUACAUAUAUGACACUUUCCCUAUUGAUGAAUUAUUGAUGAUUCGAAAUUGUAUCAAAUUAAGCCUAUUUCGAUUCACAAGUUUGUUAUGAUCAUGUGGGUUGGUUCUUGUCCCAUAUAUAGAUCGAACUUGAAAAUUCUUGAUACUAGUGUGUGUCAAUUUGU